UUGCGCGAAUGCUGGCCCAAUCGCAGAGGCACCACCAACGCAGCAGAGACAAGUUCAAGUUCCACUUUGGGAAUCCUAAAAAAAAAAGAGCAAGAUCCAAGAUGUGCGGCAUCUGGGCUAUGUUUGGCAGUGAUGAGUGCCUGUCAGCUCAGUGCACAAACGCCAUGAAGAUCGCACAUCGAGGCCCGGACGCCUUCCGCUUUGAAAAUAUCAACGGAUACACCAACUGCUGCUUUGGCUUCCAUCGUCUGGUUAUUUUGGAUCAGCUGCAUGGCAUGCAACCCUUGCAUGUCAAGAAAUUGCCUUCUUUGUGGCUGUGCUACAAUGGCGAGAUUUACAACCAUCUCACACUCAAGAAGCAAUUUGACUUUGAAUGCCAGACAGAAGUGGACGGUGAGGUCUUGCUCCAUUUGUAUGACCGCUUUGGCAUUCAGAAGGCCGCCUCUCUCCUGGAUGGCACUUUUGCUUUUGUUCUUUUGGACACAACAAACAAAAAAGUGUGCCUUGGAAGGGACACGUAUGGUGUGCGCCCUUUGUUUCGACUUCUUACUGACAGUGGAUUGCUUGGAGUCAGCUCCGAAGCCAAAGGUCUUAUGGAUGUUAUCCCUGCGUUGGGCAAUCCUGUCAAAAUCACACCCUUUCUUCCGGGACAUUUUGAGGUCUUUGAUUUGAAGCCCAAUGGCAAAGUGAAAUCCAUUCAGUUGGAGCAGUUUCAUGAAUGCACAAAUGAGCCCAUUCAUGCCAUCUAUGACACUGUGGGGAAACUGCCAGCAAGUUUUGAUGAAGACAUUGUGAAGGACAACAUCAGAACUUUGUUUGAGAAUGCAGUUCGGAAACGUCUCAUGGCCACGAGGAGAAUUGGUUGUCUUCUCUCAGGUGGUUUGGAUUCCAGUUUGGUUGCCGCUACGUUGGUAAAACUGGCAAAAAAAGUGGGGCUGAAAUAUCCAAUUCAAACAUUUUCAAUUGGGUCAGAGGACAGCCCGGACAUCUUAGCUGCCCGUAAGGUUGCGGCUUACAUUGGCAGUGAACACCACGAAGUGAAUUUUACUGCAGAAGAAGGCAUUCGCGCUGUAGAGGAAGUCAUUGUAAGCCUUGAGACGUAUGACAUCACGACCGUACGUGCCUCUGUUGGAAUGUACUUGGUCUCUAAAUACAUCCGUGAGAAUACAGAUAGUGUGGUGAUCUUCUCUGGAGAAGGCUCCGAUGAGCUCACGCAAGGCUAUAUUUACUUCCACAAGGCGCCCAGCACCAAAGCAGGAGCAGAAGAGAGCAUUCGACUGCUGAAAGAACUCUACCUGUUUGAUAAUCUCCGAGCCGAUCGCACCACUUCUGCACAUGGUUUGGAGCUCCGAGUCCCUUUCUUGGACCACAGACUGACGGCUUACUACCUAUCCCUGCCCGAGGAAAUGAGAAAUCCCCAGCAUGGAGUGGAGAAGUACCUUUUGAGGGACUCGUUCAGCGGCCAGAAAUUGAUCCCUGAUGACAUCCUGUGGCGGAGGAAAGAAGCCUUCAGUGAUGGUGUGAUGUCUCUUAAGAAGUCCUGGUAUAUCUUUCUGCAGGAGAACCUUUCAUCCACGGUGACUGAUGGCCAAAUGGCGGAUGCCUCGAAAAUAUUCCCUCACAACACUCCCCGUACUAAAGAAGCUUACUACUUCAGGCGGGUGUUUGAAAAACACUUCCCUGGCCAUGCUGAGCUGCUCCCCCAUUUCUGGAUGCCGCGUUGGAUUGACGCCACUGACCCAUCAGCUCGCACACUAGCCAUCUACAAAACUAACCAGGAACAUCUGAAUAACUGCAAGUGAAGUCCCCGGAGAAACCGUCGACUCAGUCCAUUCGCUACAGGUUUUGCUUUUCACCAAAAUUCAUUUUCAUCUAGUGUCAAUAUUUAGGAAUUGAAAUACAACAGAAGCAGGGCACAGAAUUCAC